AUGGCUGAGAUGGCAACCGAAAGAAGAAGAACUAAUUCACCAACCCGCCGUUUUAGUUUCAGCUUAAGUCGUAUUACUAGAAGUUUCAGUUUUAAGGAAAGUUCUGCAGUCCCACAAUUGAGCUCCGAUUAUGUUUCCGUGAGGUCUGGUCCAGUAAGGCCAGAAUCUUCUGGUUUUCCGGAUGAUGCAAACAUAGAGAAGCUGAAUGGCCAUCAUAGAACUAGAUCCAGCCCCUUUAGAAGGGUUCUGGAUCCGCUACUGAAGUACAAGGGCUUAAAUUCCUUCCAAUCCAUUGACACUGUUCAGCGAUCAAAAGGAAGCUCGAACUCCUCUGCUCAACGUCCACUUAAUACAAAUGAAUCCUUUCAGGAAGAAAAGUUGGGGCCAUCAACGAUUAAAGCUCUUCUAGAGGUUGCAAUGAAGAAUGGACUCCCACUGUUCAGAUUUGUUGUCACCAAUGGCAGCAACAUGCUGGCAACUACUGUGAAAAGUCCAGCAUCAUCUAGCAAGGUGAGAUCGGAUGAGAAAUGUGUAUUCUCUUCAGUUAGAGAAAUUAAGAAGAAGAGUGACAGCUGGAUAAACGUGACUGCAGAGAACUCUUGCAAUUAUCUGGUAAGAGAGUCUGUUUUGUUCUGUGUGGAGCAAAGACAAGCAGAUCAAGCAUUGGCGAAGUUUACACCAAGUACGGAACUUGCUGCUGUUGUCAUCAAAAUACCUGGUGAAAGCAAUUUACAGCAGACUGAUAAAGAAGUAGAGAAGACUGGCUCUACAGAAUCUUUGGCUACAGAUGGAUGCACAUGCAACUUUAUGGAAAGUCCAAGCUUCAGUAGUACUACUGUCAUACUUCCUGGUGGAGUCCACGGCUUGCCAAACAAAGGAAUGCAUUCCCCGUUGAUUGACCGAUGGAGAUACGGUGGAUUAUGCGACUGUGGAGGUUGGGACAUUGGUUGCAAAUUACAUAUUCUCUCCAACCAGAACAGGAGAUGCUGUAAGAAUUCAAGGAUGCAUCAAGCAUGCCUGGACCGUCUUGAACUUUAUCCACAGGGGAAAACACAUAAGAACAUGCCUAUGUUCAGCUUGGUUCCACAUAAAAAAGGAAUCUAUGCAAUCGAGUUUAGUUCAUCCAUCACUGCAUUGCAAGCGUUCUUUAUCUCCGUAACAGUUAUAAGUUGUCAGAAACAAUCCUCUGAUUCACCGGAAUUCAGUAACCUGCCCGAAGGAAAAGUAAUAAAGGAGAAAAUGUUGGAUGGCAGCUUUGGGGUAGACAACAAACCAACCAUUGCCCUUGGAACCUUGCCUGCAAAAUAUGCUCCGAACCCACCACAUUCCCCCGUUGGGAGGGUAUAG